AUGUAAUCGAAAGUGGCAGGAAGCAUGCCAACUCAAUCCCUCUUGAUGUACAUGGAUUGGCCAGAAGUGAUUGGCAGCUCUCUUCACAGCCAAAUGGAGAUGGGUGAUGCCUUGUCAAUGAAAGGGGCCACUGUUGUUCCAUUCAGAGCGACGCAAGAAAGAAAUGUCAUCCAAAUAGAGGGGCACAUGGCCUUGGAUUGCAUGUUCUGCAGCCAGACCUUCACACAUUCAGAAGACCUUAAUAAACAUGUCUUAUGUGAACCAGCCAUUCUUCAGGUUGAAGCAGAGUAUCUUAGUCCUCUUGAUCAAAGUCAAGUGUGGGCAGAACCUCCCAAGGAAAAGAAUUGCAAGGAAAAUGAAGAAUUCAGCUGUGAUGUGUGUGGACAGACAUUCAGUGUCGCUUUUGAUGUUGAGAUCCACAUGAGACACAAGGAUUCUUUCACUUACGGGUGUAGCAUGUGUGGCAGAAGAUUCAAGGGGGCUUGGUUUCUUAAAAGCCAUAUGCAGACACACAAGGGCAAACUGGGGGCCAGGAGCAAACUGCAGCAAGGCUUGGAGAGUCCAGCAGCCAUCAGCGAGGUUGUCCAGGACCAUGCGGCCAAGAGGAUCUCCUAUCCUUACAAAAUCUGCAUGGUUUGUGGCUUCCUAUUUCCAAAUGAAGCAACUCUAAUUGAGCACAACAAGGUGCACAGCAAAAAACCUGCUUCCGGUCCCAGCAGCACACAGACUGACUCUCCGCCAGAGGGAAUGUCAUCUUCGAGGCAAGAGUUUCUGCAGUUUUUAAACUUAAGACCAAAAUCUCGCCCGGUAACCGGGAAGAAGCUUGUCAACUGCGUAUCUCAGCUCGAUCCGUUCACCACCUUCCAGGCUUGGCAGCUGGCUACCAAGGGAAAAGUGGCCAUUUGCCAAGAAGAAGUGAAGGAAUUGGGGCAGGAAGGAAGCACCAACAAUGAUGAGUCGAGUUCCUAAAAGGAGGUUGGAGAAAUUUGGGGCACCAAUAAGAGCAACUCGGAAGGUUCUGGAAAGGCCAAAACAAGUAAGGGCAGUUGUACAGGCUUUUUGCAAGAUAAAGAGACGUGUAGACCCUCCAACAGGGAGGUGCCUUCUGUGGAUGUGGAUUUCAAGAUACCCAGCAGCAAAGAGAAGCCCACCCACUGCUCCGAAUGUGGCAAAGCUUUCAGAACCUACCACCAGCUGGUCUUGCACUCCAAGGUCCACAAGAAGGAGCGGAGGGCCGGUGCCAAGUGGCCCACCAUGUCCGUGGACGGGAGGCAGCCAGGGACAUGCUCUCCUGACCUCGCCACCCCAGUGGAUGAAAAUGGAGCUGUGGGUCGAGGGGAAGGCUGUUCUGAAGAUGGAUCUGAGGAUGGGUUUCCCGAAGGAAUCCAUCUGGAUAAAAAUGAUGAUGGAGGAAAAAUAAACCAUCUUACAUCUUCAAGAGAGUGUAGUUAUUGUGGAAAGUUUUUCCGUUCAAAUUAUUACCUCAAUAUUCAUCUCAGAACGCAUACAGGUGAAGAAUCAUACAAAUGUGAAUUUUGUGACUACGCUGCAGCCCAGAAGACAUCUCUGAGGUAUCACUUGGAGAGACACCACAAGGAAAAACAAGCGGAUGUUGCUGCCAAAGCCAAGAGCCAUGGGAAAAAUCAGGACCCUGAAGAUGCACUAUUAACUGCCGACAGUGUGCAAACCAAAAAUUCAAAAAGAUUUUUCGAUGGUGCCAAGGAUGUAACAGGCAGCCCACCUGCAAAGCAGCUGAAGAAGACACCUUCGCUUUUGGGAAGCACUGUCCUCUCACCAGCACACAAAUCCUUUCACCAGGAUUUCCAUAAAAAUACAGCUGAUGACAGUGCUGAUAAAGUGAAUAGAAACCCUACCCCUGCUUACCUGGACCUACUAAGAAAGAGAUCAGGGCCGGGCUUGGUGGCUCACGCCUGUAAUCUCAGCACUUUGGGAGGCCGAGGCGGGUGGAUCACGAGGUCAAGAGAUCGAGACCAUCCUGGUCAACAUGGUGAAACCCCUGCCACCCGUAACCUUGACGUUAGCCCCAAAGAGAAGCCAGUGGAGGGCACAGCUGACGGCAGACACAGGCCAAGUGUGGACUGUCAUGAAAAACCUUUAAACUUAUCCCUGGGGGCAUUUCACAAUUGCCUGGCAAUUUCUUCGAGUAAAAGUUUGAUUCCAAGUAUCACCUGUCCGUUUUGUACCUUCAAGACAUUUUAUCCAGAAGUUUUAAUGAUGCACCAGAGACUGGAACAUAAAUACAAUCCUGACAUUCAUAAAAACUGUCGGAACAAGUCCUUGCUCUGAAGUCAGCACACCGGAUGCCCACCAGAGCUGCUGGGGAAAGACGUGCCUCCCCUGUCUAGUUUCUGUAAACCCAAGCCCAAGUCUGCUUUCCCAGCGCAGUCCAAAUCCCUGCCAUCUGCGAAGGGGAAGCAGAGCCCCCCUGGGCCCAGCAAGGCCCCUCCGACUUCAGGGAUAGACUCUAGCCCGUUAGCCCCAAGUAACCUGAAGUCCCGCAGGCCACAGCAGAAUGUUGGGGUCCCCGGAGCUGCUGCCAGACAACAGCAGUCUGAGCUGUUUCCUAAAACCAGUGUUUCCCCUGCACAGGAGGAGACUGAAAGACCCAAGACAAAGUUGAAACCCCUCCCUGUAGCUCCUUCUCAGCCCGCCUUUGGCGGCGGCAGCAUCAAUGGUUCCAUUGACUACCUUCCCAAGAAUGACAGCCCAUGGGCACCUCCAGGGAGAGACUAUUUCUGUAAUCGGAGUGCCAGCAACACUGCCGCUGACUUCAGAGAUCCCCUUCCAAAAAGACUGAAGUCCACCGUGGUUGCCCUUGACGUCGACCACCAGCCUGGGGCCAAUUACAGAAGUGGCUAUGACCUUCCCAAAUACCACCGGGUCAGAGGUACCAUGUCCCUGUUGCCGCAGGACUGCGUAUACCCGUCGUCGGCGCUGCCCCCCAAACCCAGGUUCCUGAGCUCCAGCGAGGUCGAGUCUGCAAACGUGCUGACUGUUCAGAAGCCUUAUGGUGGCUCCGGGCGCUACACUUGCAGACCUGCUAGUAGUCCAGCCUCCAGCUGGAUGUUAGAAGGAAAAAGGCCUGUGUCAUAUCAACACUUAUCUAACAAUACGGUACAAAAGAGAAACUAUGAGAAUUUUAUUGGGAACGCACAUUACCGUCCAAAUGAUGAAAAAACUUGAUUCACUAAUUUGGGGGAUAAAAGGUCUUGGUGCACAUCAGGGCUUACUCUCCAUGAAAUUGAAUUGUCGUUAAUCCUUUGAGAAGUGAAUGGUGAAAGCUACUGAAAUAAGCUGUGAUUGUGCUGUACGUA